AACUGUCAAAUUACCAGAAAACGAUAAAAAUAUCGGAACGAAGCAGCUUCAAAAUGCCAUUUUAACAUUUGUGCGUGAUGCAAAUUUGUUCGCUGAUGGUCCAAGACCGAAAUAGAUGCAAGUAUCGCGUUUUGUGAUAUCCCAUUGUCUUGAUCGUUUCGUAAUAUUUUCGGCAUAGCUGGCUAUAUUGUUUACUCACAAACGCAGUCACCUUUGCUUGUAGUAAUAAUAAACGAAGCCACUGGUUUCUUGUAGCUUUGAUUAUGUUCAGAAAAGGUUAAGUUGACUUAAACUGACGACUCGUUUUCUCGUUUGAAGUUUAAUUUCUUGCAACAUGGAGGAACAAGACGGGGCGCAAAAAACCGACCCUGAUCCGCAAGAUGCUUUGGGAGGAGCAGCAGAUUCGGAUAAUACAGAACCAUCCGUUUCAUCAGACGAGAAUCCAGCCCCAAUUGGUAUAGAUGAAAACGUCCACAUGUUGUUGGCACCAGACUCGCCUACUAUCGCGCACGAUUGGCUCCAUCGGAUGACCAAAAGAAACGAAAACGUUUGCUUGUUGGCGGAGGAAUUCUCAAACAACACAGUUAGCACCAGCUCCGACAGUGGUAUUCACUCGCGACCAAGCGAGAAGCGGGAAGAGCAAGCCGACCCCGACGGGGAUCCUGGCAGCCGAACCAGCUGCAGUUCAGCUACAACUCUGCGCGAAAGCAGCGAUUUCGAGUCCGAGGAUGACAACAAGGUGGUGAAAAAGAUUAAACCCAGACAGAACUGGCACCUGUUGCCGGAGUAUAUCCAGCGGCAAAUCGGCUACAGCUCGAAACUGAGCCACCCGGCUUUGUUCCAACAAAGGUGUUACGGCUCCCUGAGAAACGUGCAGCGCCUGGAGCUCAUGUACAAACUGGAAGAGCACCGAGGCUGUGUCAACAGUUUGAACUUCAGUCCGGACGGCAAACUAUUGGCCAGCGGUUCUGACGACUUGCAAUUCGUCAUAUGGGACUGGAGUGUGGGGCAGGGGCUGCUCAAAGUACAAACGCCCCACCGGCGCAACAUCUUUCAGACCAAGUUUUUAGACCUGAAGGGGCCGGGCGUCCAUUUGGCGACGUGCGCGCGCGAUGGGCAAGUCUGUUACUACCAGCUGGGCAUGGAGGGCACUCGGAAAGAGAGCCGAUUGCUCGGCCAGCACCGCAAGCCCUGCCACAAGUUGGCGGUGCUGAAGGAGCAGCCGCAUCUGGUGCUCAGCGCGGGCGAGGACGGCCUAGUGCUGAGUCACGAUCUCAGGUCCGGCGGCCCGCCCACCCAGCUGGUACACGUCAGGGACGACGAUCUCGAUCGAGCUCUAUACAGUAUCCACGCGGAUCCGCUUAGGACCCACCAAUUCUGCGUGGCCGGCCAGGAGUCGACUGUCAGAGUGUAUGAUCAGAGACGGUGCUCCGUGCCGGUGACCGCCCUGAGUCCCUUCAAAAAGAGCGACCCCGACUACUUGGAGAGCCUGCACGUGACCUGCGCCGUGUACAACCACGACGGCAGCGAGAUCCUGGCUUCGUACAACGACAACGACGUCUUUCUCAUGGACGCGGCCGGCGCCCCGGGCUCCUUCAAGCAUCGCUACACGGGCCACCGGAACCGCGACACCAUCAAGGGCGUGGCGUUCUUCGGGCCGCGCUCCGAGUUCGUGAUGAGCGGCUCCGACUGCGGCCACGUCUUCUUCUGGGAGAAGAAUUCCGAAUCGAUCGUCCAGUUCCUGCUGGCCGACGACAACCGCGUCGUGAAUUGCCUCGAGCCGCACCCGGAGCUGCCGUUCCUCGCGACCAGCGGCCUCGACUGGGACGUCAAGGUGUGGGUCCCGUCGUGCGAGGAGGAACCCGCGAUGCCUGACCUCGCCGAGACCGUCAAAUCGAACCGGAAACGGCCCUGGAGCGACGACGCGGACCACCUCGACGAGAGUCAGAUGCUGCGGCUGCUGCUGCGACGUCUGAGGGCGGCCGGCAGGACCACCGCCGACCCUGACGAUUUCAGUUCCGACCCGUCCACCUCGGACUCGGACACGUCCGACGAGGAUAUGGUCGGCUGCGCCGCGUCCUAAUCCUGCCCCCCCGCCCCCUCGCUUUUUUCGUUGUGUAAAUAAUGAUAAGAUGUCGAUUAUUACCUCCGUGUUAAAUAAAAACUGAAG